AUUAAGAUACAAUGUUGUUUGCGCGGUAUCUUGUCUUGUUUUAUUCGCUCUUCUCUUUCACAUAUACUAUAUGCUUUUCAGAAAUUCAACCAAAGUGUCAUGAAGAUGAAAGUCAUGCCUUGUUGCAAUUUAAGAAAGGCUUUGUCAUCGAUAAGUCUGCCUCUUGGAAUCCUCUGAGUUAUCCUAAAACAACAUCAUGGAAUGCAACCGUUGAUUGUUGUUCAUGGGAUGGCAUUCAAUGUGAUGAGCACACAGAUCAUGUGAUUCGCGUUGAUCUUAGUAGCAGCCAAGUCUUUGGUCCAAUGGAUACAAAUAGCAGCCUUUUUCGCCUUGUGCACCUUCAAAAUCUUGAUCUUUCUGAUAAUAAUUUCAAUUACUCUCAAAUCCCGUCCAAGAUAGGUGAGCUUUCGCAAAUAAGACAUCUGAACCUUUCUCAUGCCAUAUUUUCCGGAGAAAUUCCACCACAAAUUUCACAGUUGUCCAAGUUGUCAACUCUUGAUCUAGGCUUAAAUGCUAUAUCAAGCCCUAAAGGAAGUGCAGUUAACCUGUUGCAAUUGAAAUUGUCUAGUCUUAGAAGCAUAAUUCAAAACUCAACAAAACUUGAAAUGCUCCUACUUAGUUAUGUGACAAUUUCAUCUACUUUACCCGACACACUCACAAAUCUAACUUCAUUGCAAACACUAUCUCUUUACAAUUCUGAACUGUAUGGUGAUUUUCCAGUUGGAUUUUUUCAUCUUCCAAACUUGAAAUAUUUGGAUUUGAGAUAUAAUCCAAAUCUCAUUGGUAGGUUGCCUGAGUUUCAGUCUAGUUCACUCAACAGCUUGGAACUUGAUAAUACCGGUUUAUAUGGUGCAUUACCAGUAUCCAUUGGAAAUCUUAGUUCUUUAAGUACCCUAUCAAUUUUUGGUUGCCUUUUUUCGGGGUAUAUACCUUCUUCACUUGGCAACCUCACACAACUCAAGUAUCUAAUCCUUGGGUAUAACAAAUUUAAGGGCGACCCUUCUGCAUCCCUGGCAAGUCUUACCAAACUAAGAUAUUUGUAUGUCAAUGCCAAUGAAUUUACCAUUGAGAGCAUGUCAUGGAUAGGUAAACUCUCAUCAAUAACUGAACUUGAUAUAUCCUCAAUAAAUAUUGGCAGUGACAUCCCAUUAUCUUUUGCAAAUCUUACCCAACUACAAUAUUUUGUAGCUGAAAAUAGUAAUAUGAAGGGUGAAAUUCCAUCUAUUAUAAUGAACUUAACCAACUUAGCCUACUUAUCCCUAUAUGAAAAUAACCUUCAUAGUGAAAUCCCAAAAUCUCUCUUUAGACUUGCAAGUCUUGAAAAACUUUACCUAGACAAUAAUUUGUUGCAUGGAAAGUUGGAUCUCGACAUGUUUUUGGAUCUCAAAAAGCUAACUGUUCUUAAUUUAUCAUUCAACAAAUUGUCAUUGUUUAGUGGGAAAAAUUCUUCUAAUGCCACCAAUUCUCUAAUCUAUAUCUUAAGCUUGGCAUCAUGCAAUAUUGUCGAGAUUCCAACAUUUAUAAGAGAUCUUGGUGAUCUCGGAGACCUUUCCUUGUCAAACAACAAUAUAACUUCAUUACCUAGUUGGUUGUGGAGAAAAUCAAGUCUACAAAGCUUAAAAAUUUCCCACAGUUCAUUGAUAGGAGAAAUAUCCCCAUCCAUAUGCAAUCUCAAAUCACUCAUCCAUCUUGAUUUAUCGUUCAAUAAUUUAAGCGGCAAUGUUCCCUCAUGUAUUGGUAACUUUAGUCGAUAUCUACAAAUUUUGAUGUUUAAAGGGAACAAUUUGUCUGGUCUCAUUCCACAAACGUACCUGAUGGAAAACAACAUUCAGAUGAUUGAUUUCAGCGACAACAACCUUCAAGGUCAAUUGCCAAGACCAUUGGUCAAUUGUGGUUUGCUAGAGUACUUUGAUAUUAGCCAUAACAAUAUCAACGAUUCAUUUCCAUUCUGGCUGGGAGAUUUACCCGAGUUGAAGGUAUUGGCUUUAAGGAACAAUAAAUUUCAUGGAGACAUUCAGUGCUCUAGCAACAUGACAUGCACAUUUCCCAAGCUUCACAUCAUUGACCUUUCUCACAAUGAAUUCUCUGGCGUUUUUCCAUCAGAUAUGAUUCAAAGUUGGAAUUCAAUGAAAGUUUCUAACACAAGUCAAUUACAGUACGAGCAAUGGGUUAUUUAUAUAUUUUCUAAGAACAAGAGAGACUAUUGGAUAGAAGCAAACACUUAUUCAUUCGCGUUAACAAACAAAGGAGUGGUGAUGGUUUAUGAGAGUAUUCAAGAGUUUUAUAGCAUGAUAGCCAUUGAUAUAUCAAGCAACAAAAUCAGUGGAGAGAUACCAAAAGUCAUAGGAGACUUACAGGGUCUUGUUUUGCUAAACUUAUCGAAUAACAUCCUUACUGGAAACAUUCCAAAUUCCCUAGGAAAACUUUCAAACCUUGAAACACUCGAUCUUUCUCGUAACAAUCUUUUAGGGAAGAUUCCACAACAGUUGUCAGAACUCACAUUUCUGGAGUUUUUCAAUGUGUCCUUCAAUAAUCUCUCAGGUCCUAUACCUCAGAAUAAUCAGUUUUCAACAUUCCAAGGUGAUUCAUUCGAGGGUAACAAAGGUCUAUGUGGGGAUCAAUUGUUGAACAAGUGUUCUGAUCAAGCGGGGCACCCGUUUUCUCCACCUACUUCAGCCUCUGAUGACGACAAUAACUCGGAAUCUCUAUUUGAAUUAGACUGGAAAAUAGUUCUGAUUGGGUAUGUUGGUGGACUUGUUGCUGGAGUUGCAUUGGGGAACACUUACUAUCAUCAGCUGCUUGGAUGGCUAAAAAGGAUCUUGUGAGUUGAGGAUGCACUCACUGCCAUUAAGGAUAUUGUCGGUUUCAACGAAUAUUACAAAGAGGAGGAGCGUUAUACUCCAACUACAAAUAAAAACCCUUGCAGAGGGUGCGCUUUAGUCUUUUUUUUCUAAGAGUAGUAUUGUUGUAUUGUAUUGCACUGUAUUGCACUGUAUUAUAUUGUAUUGCAUCGUAUUGUAAUAUAAUGUAAACAUGCUUUUAUCUCCUCAACUUUGUGCAUCUG